AUGGCCGACCAGCUCGCCAACCAGCUAGGAGCGACAAAGCUCAGUGAUUCCUCGCCUCAAGGCGAAGCCAAUUGGAAGGAUGGUCUCAAGAUACCCUCCAAAGACAACCGAGUGCAAACAGAGGAUGUCACAGCAACCAAAGGCCUUGAAUUUGAAGACUUCUUCAUCAAGCGCGAAUUGAUGAUGGGCAUAUUCGAGGCUGGCUUCGAGAAGCCAUCGCCUAUCCAAGAAGAAACCAUCCCCGUUGCUCUUACCGGCCGAGACAUCCUAGCACGAGCGAAGAACGGCACGGGCAAGACUGCUGCUUUCGUCAUACCUACCCUCGAACGCGUGAACCCAAAGAGCCCCAAAACCCAAGCUCUCAUCCUGGUCCCUACCCGAGAACUUGCCCUGCAGACGUCGCAGGUAUGCAAGUCUCUUGGAAAACAUCUUGGCAUCAACGUUAUGGUCUCGACUGGUGGCACAGGCCUGAAGGAUGACAUCAUUCGCCUUUCGGAAGCUGUGCAUAUCAUUGUAGGAACUCCAGGCAGGAUCUUGGAUCUGGCUGGUAAAGGUGUCGCCGACCUGUCUGCUUGUCAUACGUUCGUCAUGGACGAGGCUGACAAGCUUCUAUCACCCGAAUUCACCCCUGUUGUUGAGCAACUCUUAGGCUUUCACCCCAAGGAGAGGCAGGUUAUGCUCUUCAGUGCCACUUUCCCCAUUGUGGUCAAGAGCUUUAAGGACAAACAUAUGACCUCCCCAUAUGAAAUCAACUUGAUGGACGAACUGACCCUCCGGGGUAUUACGCAGUAUUACGCCUUUGUCGAAGAGAAACAGAAAGUGCAUUGCCUGAACACCUUGUUCAAUAAGCUGCAGAUUAACCAGUCAAUCAUCUUCUGCAAUUCUACUAACCGCGUUGAACUUCUCGCUAAGAAAAUUACGGAGCUUGGUUAUUCCUGCUUCUAUUCACACGCCCGAAUGCUUCAACACAACCGUAAUCGCGUUUUCCACGAUUUUCGCAAUGGCGUCUGCCGCAACCUUGUCUGUUCGGAUUUGCUUACGCGUGGUAUUGAUAUUCAGGCUGUGAAUGUUGUCAUCAACUUUGACUUCCCGAAGAACGCCGAGACAUAUCUUCACCGUAUCGGUCGAUCUGGCCGUUUUGGACAUCUCGGGUUGGCUAUUAACCUCAUCAACUGGGAUGAUCGCUUCAAUUUGUACCGUAUCGAACAGGAACUAGGCACUGAGAUCCAACCCAUUCCGCAAGUCAUCGAGAAGAAAUUAUAUGUUUACGAGACCCCCGAGAACAUUCCCCGCCCCAUCAACACCCGGAACACCGCACAGGAGCAAGAGCAGGAGAACGCCAUGGCAUUGGCUAGGUCCGGCCAACCACAGAACAGCCGUGGAAAUUACCGUAGCCAGCGUGGUGGUGGAUUCCAAGGCCAGCGUCGAGGAGGUCCACCGCAGGGUCAAUCCAGCCAAGGUCCGAACCCAAACCAACAAAAUCGUCAGAAUGGCCAUAACCCGCAGCGUAACGCUCGACCCCAGCCCGCCGGCCCGUAA